ACAAUCGCUAAUAAACUCCAACAUAGGCUGAUACAGCAAAAUAGCACCUGUCUGGUUACACCCUCAUCACCUGAAUUCCUCACUCCCAAACAUUGCCAAUCACAAUACGCCUCACGUAGAGAUGAAUUUACUUACUCGAGAGAGAGAAGUUCAAAUAUUAACAGUUUACAGCUAGCCUCAUGUGACUGGAUACACGCAUGACUUGGCCAAUAUUAUAGUUCAAUGAAACUGUUAGCUCAUAACAGAGCAGCACUAUACAGAGCUAGUGUGGCUGGGAUAGUUUUGGCUCAGCCGUCGUGCCGAAAGAGAAAGCACGUUUCCCCCCAAGACCUCCAGAAUCAAAACACGUCGCUCGUGUUUAGAGUAAACUGAAAUCUUCUGUAAAAACAGCGCUACCAGGUGAUACACACCACGGAAGUACAAGCACGUACGUGAACAAUACAUAAUGUACAUGAAAAAUACAUGAUUUACAUAACUCUGUACACGACACGUACA